AGUUGUGGGGUAGUCUACACUCUGGCAACAGGCUCAUUUAUCUCUACUUCAAAGGUUAAAUACUUGUCAAGAUGUCUAAAUCUAAGACUCAUUUGGUUGCCCUUUUCGAUAGACCAAAAGAGUUGGUUAUUAUGCCUAAAGGACCCAAUAACAUCUCAUUUGAUGUUCCACUUGAGUAUUUGCCUGAAAAAUACAAAUACAUAGGAGGUCAAAUUUCUAGUCGAUUUGGAGAAGAAGCUACCGGAGGGAAAGUGCCUGUCAAUGUCAUCUCAAUUCCACCGUUAGGAGACAUUUAGACUUAAAGAGAGAUGAAAAUUUCUCAUUGUGGAUUCCCAAACAUAGAAAAAUUGCUGGCGAAUUAAUUAAUAUCUACUUAGGAAUGCGUGAUGUUGAUGAUCUGCUUUCUGUUGCGGUUUAUACCCGUGACAAAGUAAAUCCGUACCUCUUCAACUACUGUCUCUCAGUAGCAUUGUAUCACAGGCCGGAUACCAAGGAUAUCGAUUUGCCGUCAUUUAUUAGAACCUUUCCAGAUAAAUACGUGGAUAGCAAACUGUUUGGUCAAGCUAGGGAAGAAGCGACUAUUAUACCUGUGGGAUCCAGAAGACCAAUUGAAAUUGUUAAGGACUUUACUGCUACUGAUUUGGAGUUAGAACAUCGUUUAGCUUAUUUUAGAGAAGAUUUGGGUAUUAAUCUACAUCAUUGGCAUUGGCAUCUGGUAUAUCCUUUCGACGGCGCAAUGCAAGUAGUUAAUAAGAAUAGAAGAGGAGAAUUGUUCUAUUACAUGCAUCAGCAAAUAGUCGCAAGAUAUAACUUUGAGCGACUUUGUCAUGGCAUGAAGCGAACCGAAAGGUACAUUAAUUGGAGAAAACCAAUUGAAGAGGCUUACUUUCCUAAAUUGGAUAGUUUGGUUUCAAGUAGAGCUUGGCCUGCACGAGUUGCUAAUCAAACAUUAUCGAACCUUAAGAGAGAGGCUGAUCAGAUAACGGUGGAUGUCGAUGAUAUGGAGAGGUGGAGGGACAGAAUUUUCGAAGCUAUUCAAUCUGGUAGAGUACAAGACAGAAAUGGUCGAACCAUUUUGCUAGACGAAGCCACAGGAAUAGAUACCUUGGGCAAUAUGAUCGAAUCCAGUAUUCUUUCACCCAAUAGAGAUUUUUAUGGAGAUAUACAUAACAUGGGUCAUGUAUUUAUUUCAUAUAUACACGAUCCAGACCAUAGACAUCUAGAAUCUUUUGGAGUGAUGGGUGAUUCCGCAACUGCUAUGCGCGAUCCUAUGUUUUAUAGAUGGCACGCAUAUAUUGAUGAUAUUUUCCAAAAUUUUAAAUCAUCCUUGCCUAGAUACACAUAUCAACAGCUAAAUUAUCCAGGAGUUACAGUCGACAAUGUAACAAUAGAAUCAUCACAAGGACAACCAAACAUUUUAACCACCUUCUGGAAACAAUCUGAUGUUGAUCUAUCUCGCGGAAUGGACUUCCAACCACGCGGUGCAGUGUUUGUUCGUUUUACCCAUUUGGACCACCAUGAAUUUAAAUACCGAAUUACAGUUUCAAAUAACGGACCGGCUAAACAAGGAACAUGCAGAAUAUUUAUGGCUCCCAAACACGACGAAAGGGGCAAUCCAUGGUUAUUUAGAGAUCAGAAACACAUGUUUAUUGAACUUGAUAAGUUCAAAGUUAGUCUAAAACAAGGUAAAAACAUAAUAACCCGUAAUUCCACGGAUUCUUCCGUAACCAUACCCUUUGAAAGGACCUUCCGUGACUUAGAUACGACCAGACCAGAAGGAGGUGAACGUUUGGCUCAAUUUAAUUUCUGCGGAUGUGGUUGGCCCCAACAUAUGUUGAUACCUAUGGGUAAUACUGACAGUCCUGGAUUUCAAUGUGAACUUUUUGUUAUGAUUUCCAACUGGAGAGAUGAUGCUAUAAAUCAAGAUAACCAAGGUGUUUGCAAUGACGCUGACAGCUAUUGUGGUUUGAAAGAUAAGCUAUAUCCUGAUAAACGUGCCAUGGGUUAUCCAUUUGACAGACAGCCAAGAGACAAUGUUGAUACUUUGGCAGACUUCCUAACGCCUAACAUGAGAGUUCAACAAGUUAAUAUUAUGUUCUCUAAUAAAACCUACAGGCCAAGACAGGCAUAAUUUGCAUAAAAAUGUUAGACAAUUGAUUGUAUGUGUAAUGAGCUUAAAUAAAUAAAUGCAUUUUGAAACUUAA